CACAAGCUCAAAUACUUGGAAAAACACUAGUCAACUUUCAAAAAUCGAGUGAUUUGAGUGAUAAGUGUGUCUUUGAUGAGCGUAUAUAAAAGCAACUUCACUCAUUCUGCUUCCCCACACAAUCCAAAACACUGAUCAAUAAUCACAGUUCAAAGUUGAGGGAGAGAGAUGAGCAGCAGCAGCAGCAGCAUCACAACUGAAGGAGGAGAUGCAGUGCAUGCGAAUGUGAUCCUACUACCUUCGGUCAGAUUCAAACCCACUGAUGAGUUGCUGGUCAGCUACUACUUGAGGAGCAAGAUACAGGGCACCGACUCCCUCUUCCGCCACACCAUCCCUGAAAUCGAUGUCUGCAAGUACGAGCCCUGCGAUCUUCCUGCAUUCUUCCCAGAAGAUCAUGAGAAGGAGUGGUUCUUCUUCAGCCGGCCCGACUACAAGUACAUCAACAGCACUCGCUGCAACCGGGCCACGGAUCAAGGCUUUUACAAGAUCACAGGGAAGGAGCGUGAGAUCAGGGCUGAAGAAUCCAAAGCUGUGAUUGGGAAGAAGAGGAUUCUGACCUUUUACGAAGGUCGUGUGCCGAAAUCAAAGAAGACCGAUUGGGUAGUCCAUGAGUAUUAUCUCACAAAAAUUGAGGUGGGUUCUAGACCCACCAAGCAGAUGGACUUUGUCCUCUGGCGCCUGAAGAACAAGUCAGCUAGUUAUAAGAAGCCGAAAGAUGAUCCAAUCCACGGCGAAUUAGCUGAUUCAGGUGCUAACUCGGAAGAUGAUCAAGCUGCUGUGAGUGAUGUGAUUGCAGAGCCAGUGGAACAUCUGGGAUACUUCUUUGAUAACCUUCAGAUUGAAACUCUGAUCUCUAGUAAGUAUUGCUUUAAUUAAUUUCCCUGCAUUAGCUGCUGCGUUCCUGUGCAGCAUUUCUUCUUUUUUCUGUACUCCUUUCAUGUAGUAUUGCUGUUAAUGUUGUUUAUUUAAAACCUUUCAAUUUCAGUGGAAUUUUGUGUUAUAUUC